UAGGAUGGGAAAGGAGCUGGAGCCGGAGACGAACGGUGGGAGGUAAUCCCUACCCUGACAGCCACUCCCACAGACGGCUCUACUCGCCCGCUCAGCUUGAGUUGCCUCUCAUGCUGCAGCUACACUAGUCGCUCCAUCUCCAACAACAGCAGUCAUGGCGACAGUGGUUCAACCGCUCACUCUGGAUCGAGAUGUGGCCAGGGCGAUCGAGCUGCUGGAGAAGCUGCAGGAGUCUGGGGACGUCCCGGGCCACAAGCUCCAGUCCCUGAAGAAGGUGCUGCAGAGUGAGUUCUGCACAGCCAUUAGAGAGGUGUACCAGUACAUGCAUGAAACCAUCACAGUCAACGGCUGUCCAGAGUACCAGGCCAGGGCCACAGCUAAGGCCACAGUGGCUGCAUUUGCCGCCAGCGAAGGCCACUCCCACCCCAGGGUGGUGGAGCUGCCCAAGACGGAGGAGGGGUUGGGCUUCAACGUGAUGGGUGGAAAGGAGCAGAACUCCCCUAUCUACAUCUCUCGCAUCAUCCCAGGGGGCGUGGCCGAGAGGCAAGGCGGUCUGAAGAGAGGAGACCAGCUGCUGUCUGUCAACGGCGUGAGUGUGGAGGGGGAGCACCACGAGAAGGCGGUGGAGCUGCUGAAAGCCGCUAAAGACAGCGUGAAGCUGGUGGUGCGCUACACGCCCAAGGUGCUGGAGGAGAUGGAGGCGCGCUUCGAGAAGCUGCGUACCGCCCGCCGCAGGCAGCAACAGCAGCUGCUCAUCCAGCAGCAACAGCAGCAGCACAACCCCGCCGCCCAGCAGAACCACACGUCGUAGGUUGUUCCAGAAGAAGAAAUGAUCUCAGAGACCGUCUAUCAGAGAGGAGGGUCCCAAAGGAACUCCCAAGUAACAGAACAAACUGGAAACAAGUGAAGACUCUCUCUCCCUCCCUAUCUAUUGUCUCUAUAUAUCUAAUAUCAUCCAUCUAUCUCUCUCUUUAUCUAUUCUACUCUAUCUUUCUAUUUCUCUCUAUCUAUUUCCCUCUCCAGCGCUCUUUUGUUCUCCCUUUCAGUGUAUUACCAACAGUAACCAAGCAAAAAUGGAGAGAUGUUUGUGUCCUGAAAUGUCAACAUUGGUGCUUUUGAGACAUGCACGACGACCUGAUGACUGGAGGGACGCUAGCUAGCACUGAAAAUCAUUUGUUUUUUUGUGUUAGUUUCAAGUUGUCCAUCAGUUAAAGACGUGAUCCAUUUUAAAGUUCCUUCAUGUCCUUUGUGAUGUUUGUUUUGUUUGUUUGUUGUCAUCGGUUCCUGAUUGAUUUAAUCUAUUUACUGAUGUUGGUUUGCCAUGGCUUUGUACAGCGCUAUUUAUAUUGAUUCUUAAUUGGUGCUUGUGUCUGUGUGUGAAUGACCAUUGCUUUUUUGUGUCAAACUGAACCUGUUUAGAUAACCGUGAACUCUUUUUUACCUUAUAUAAUGUAGCAAGAAAAUAUUUUGUAUCAACAACUUGUAGAUUUAGCAAUAACACACUUUUUUGGGUUUUACAUAUUACAUCAAAGUAUUUAGGUGCAUAUAGAAUGAGGUAGAUGCAAAAGCUAUCAGUUGUAAAGCUAAAGUAAACUGGAUCUUAUGCACUGUGUGUCAUAAGGCAGCUUCUGCCACUGAAACUGGUUUGACAUUCUAAGAGAUUAUUUCAAUUGAACCCGUCUAUUAUAAUUACUGUGCAAUACGCAGAAUCAGGACUCUAAAAUUCUCAACAAUACAGUCACCUCAUCCCAAAGUCAUCGAAAAAGAGAAUAUAUAUGUUAUCCAAAUAUAAUUUAUGUUUAAUAGAUAUUAUAUCAAAAACUUGCAUAGCAUUUUAAAUGUUAUUUAUAUGAGGGCAAAGAGAAUGUCAAGAACAUAUAUAUUUAACCAGAGAGUGGAUCUUAACACUUUAUUUAUAGAUCAUUCUAUUUUAUAGUCUAAUGAUGUCAGAGUUUUACAUAAAGUUUAACGUUUCAUUGAAAUAUGUGUACUUUGUUUAACAUACAGAUGGUUAUUUGAAAAGAUUAAUGGUAGAACUGAAUCUCUUAAUGUACAUUAUACAAUAACUUGAUAGCAUGGUUAUAGUGGAAUCAUUCUCCUGCAUUUGCUCUCCAUCUGAACACGUUGACAAUCAUUGUGAGUAACAAGACUGUGUGGAAUGUUUAACUGUUUAUAAGGGACCUCUGUUUCAAACCAUUUCUCUCAACCUUUGUAAUGUUAGUAGAUUUACUUGACAUUUGUCAGAACGAUAAGUUGCAAUUUGGAUUGAUUAAAAACUACAAACAUUGUUAAAGAUGCAUCCUCAUUCAUCAAUAGUAGUCGUGUAUCGGUAGUACUGUAAAAUUACACUGGUUUUACAUUAGAUGGUUUUCUCAGCAAGAACACCCUUGUAUUUUUUAUUUGUUACUACGUUUUUGGGUAAUGAAAUAGUGCAAGAUCAUUGACACCAAUAAUAUACUGUGUGCAACAUGUCAUGCUGGUAUAAACCAGGUCAGACCGUGAAAGUGUUUUUUUCCCUUCAUCUUGGAGAAGUUCAACAGAUCCCUUUUGUAUCUUAACUGAAUGGUUUUAUCUUUAUUAUUGAUGACUUGCAAUGGCUGGACACAAAUCUGUACUUUCUGUGCAGGAUAAGAGACCACAACACCCGGUGAUAUGCAAUUGUUAUACAUACUAUAUUUGUAUAAAUAAAUAUAUGUGUGUGUGUGCGGUGACCCUUCUUUUC